CAUCAAGGGAGAUUUGGGAGGCCUGUAGGCAGACCUAUUCUAAAGUCCGAGAUGCUGAAUAAAUCUAUGAGAUUAAGACAAAAAUCUCAUCUACCAAACAAGAUAACCGCUCGGUCACUGAAUAUGCCCAGAUUUUACAAAAUUUAUGGCAGGAGUUGAACCAUUAUCAGUGUAUUGAGAUGAAGUGUAUCAAUGAUGCAGCCCUUCUUAAACAUUUUAUGAAAAAAGAGAGGAUUUACACCUUUCUUGCCAGAUUAAAUGUUGAGUUCGAUCCUGUCCGAGUGCAAGUAUUGGGAAAGGAAGAAAUUCCUUCACUCAAUGAACAAUUGCCAUAAUUCGUGGAGAAGGACGAAGAGGAGUUAUGAUGGAGCCUCAACCAGCAGAUGGCUCAGCCUUAGUUACAAAAGCUUCAAAUCCAGUAGCUGUGAAAUCAGACCGGCAGCAGUCAAAUGCCUAUUCCAGCGGAGUAGGAGGGAAUAAUGGGCUGCCAGAAGGAUCAAGAGCAGGUAAUAAAGACUCUUUAUGGUGUACCUACUGUAAGAAGCCGAGACAUAGCAGGGAGAGGUGCUGGAAACCCCAUGGUAAGCCCUCAAAUACUAAAAAUAAUCCUUGGACUGCAAAAAGUAAUCAAGGAGGAGGGCCAGGACAAGCACAUUUGACCUCGACACAAUCAGGAGGAGAAGGAGAAUUCUCUCAGGAGCAAUCCGAGUUCAAUAGAGAAGAGAUUGAGAAGUUGAGAUACUUUUUGGGAACAUUAAAGAAACCUACGGGUUGUGCAGGUACUUGUUCCUUGGCUCUUUCAGGUAAUUCUCAACCAUACGCACUUAAUGUGUCAACCUUAAAAGGAACUUGGGUAGUGUAUUCUGGGGCCACGGAUCAUAUGACCCAAUCUUGUCAUGGGUUUGUCUCUUACAAUCCUUGUCCUAGUAAUAAGAGCUAAUGGAACACUGGUUACAGUUGCUGGCCAAGGAGGUGUAGUUAUAAAUCAGAACUUUGUUUCAAAAAAUGUUCUGCAUGUGCCAAAAUUGUCUACCAAUCUAGUUUCAAUUCACUAGCUUACAAAGGAUUUGAACUGUAUGGUGACAUUUUCUUCUGCACUUUGUAAAUUUCACGACCAGAGCACGGGGUUGAUGAUUGGACUUGCUAGGGAGAGGAAUGGGCUCUACUUUCUUGAAGAUUCUGAUGGGCAAAAUAGAACGAAGGAUCCUAUUCUACUGCCUCUGCUUUCUGAGUAUUCUCUUUCCAAUAAACAUUCGUCUUGGUCAUCCUCCUUUCAAUAUUCUUAAAGUAAUGUUUCCUGGUUUGUUUAAAGGAGUUGAUCUAGGCAUAUUUCAUUGUGAUGUUUGGGAACUUGCAAAACAUAAGCGUGUUUCCUUUCAAAGAAGUAAUACGAGAGCUUCCAUACCUUUUACUCUAAUUAACAGUGAUAUUUGGGGACCUUCUACAGUUCAUAAUAUUUCUGAGGCUCGUUAGUUUGUCUCAUGUAUUGACGAUUGUACUCGUGUAUCAUGGGUUUUUCUCUUAAAACAAAAAUCAGAUGUCAGUUUAACCUUUCAAAAAAAAAUUCACACAGUGAAAUACCAAUUUGGGGAUGAGAUAAAAAGAGUUCGGUUUGAUAAUGCUAGGGAUUAUUUUAAGAGUGGUCAUACAUACCACUAAAUUAGCAGCACUACUGCCAGCUCACACGGAAAGAGAAGAAAAAAAAAAAAAAAAA